AUGGUUUCGCUUGCUGAUAUUUCUCGUUUGAAGAUACAAACAAACAGUCGUAGGAGGUUGUGGUUCAACUCUCCAUUCACAUUGGCCAACUUGUCCGGUCAGAAUUAGAUGCAUCUCCACUCUCGUCGACUCUUUAUCUUGAUCCCAUUCCAACCUCUUCAACAACAAGACCGUUCAAGCACUCAGCCCAUUUCAUGUAUCAACAGAGGUGUCUUCACCCCACCCCCACCAUCAUGACACCUCCAUCAGACCUCAAACUGCUCGAUCUCAUCACCGCCAUUGACAAUGCUCCUUUGGACUUUGAAACAAACUACACCCCCUACUACCGUCUCUUUCUAUCGCCCGACCCUCGCCCUCAUGGCUUCAUCCUCCCCGCCACAGUCUCCCUAAUGCCAUGGCCCACAUCCUUCACUAUCGACCACGACAACCGCACCGUCACACUAAGCAACCCCCCAUCUGGCUCAACACUUACAGAGCACGCAAAUGCUGCGUUUCAAGAAGCCGUUGAUAAAGCCAUUGACGAUGAUCUGUUUCCUAUUUUGCACAAGGAACACAGUGAGUACUUUCGUAUAGUCGGUGCAAGGAGCUUUGUACAGGUUGAGAGAUUCGCUGCUCCGUUGUUUGGCAUUGCGACGAGGGGUGCUCAUUUGACGGGGUAUGUGCGUGGUGAUGAUGGCGAAAUAAAGAUUUGGGUCGCGAGACGAAGUCGUCACCUCUUCAGUUACCCUGGUCUUCUGGAUAGUACUGUCGCUGGUGGUGUCAAAGCCAGCGAUACACCACUUGCGUGUAUCAAAGCUGAAUCUACCGAAGAAGCUUGUCUUCCACCAGAUCUCGUCUCAUCGAGCGUUGAACCCGCGGGAGCGAUAACGCUGGCGAACAUCAGCCCGAAUUCAAAGCUAUUUCACUCAGAUAAUAUCUACGUAUUCGAUCUAGAGAUGCCGAAGGAUGUUGUUCCUAGACCAGGAGAUGACGAAGUGGAGGAGUUUGUGCUGAUGGAGUGUGGAGAGGUGUUACAGCGUAUGUUGGCGGGAGAGUUCAAGCCGAAUGUGUGUCCUGUCAUGAUUGAUUUCUUGGCCAGGAAGGGAUUUAUCACGAAGGAGAAUGAGGAUGACUUGGAGGAGAUUCAGAAGAGGUUGAGGAGAGAGAUUCCUGUGCCGAUGGAGUCUGACGUGUAGUGGUAAUGCAACCUGAAGAUGUUGGUUCAUUAUGAAUUGAAGGUGCUGUUACUUGAGCUUUGCAUAUCGUCUAAGUAUACAACCAGGUAAUUAGGUAGUCCCUAGGGAGCAGGAAAACUUCAGA